AUGGAGUGGACAUCCAGGCUCCGGUCUCGUCUCUCGCUUUCUCGCUCUCGCAAGGGAUGUCGUCAAUGGGGAGGCGAGGAUGAUCUUGACACCAUGGAUCCGUUAUCUAUUACGGUUGCUACUAUGGCCACUCUGGAACUAUCCAAUAAGAUUGUUCAUGGAUUGAAACGAGUGUACAAGGCCCCGGACGAAGUUACAGCGUUAUCAAAUGAGAUUGUUGACCUCAGACUUGUCUUCGAGACAGCCGAUGAGACUAUCAGGGAUAGUUCUGUUCAAUACAAUAACCCUGAUCUUGUCAAAGGUCUUGUCGCGUUGACCAAGCGAACCGAGGCUACAUUGGUCAAGAUCGAAGCCAUCAACGAGAAGCUCUGGCCAGUUGAUAAAAUCAACAGUCAUGGACAGCCUGUGAUUUCCAGGAUGGCCUGGUUGAAAGAGAGGUACCAUACGGGAAUUGAGACAUCAGCUGAGGGAGACGCGACACAAUGUGCAUGCGGCACUAUCGGCAAUGACCUCGGCGAAAAUGUGAGUUCUUUCCUCCCCACUCGUCUAUGUAUAUCCAUGUUAAUGAUCAGCAGUAACGCUAUGUCUGCAACAAACCUUAUAUUACAAACAUCCAUCGCAGACCUGAAAGUGACAAUGAUGGGAGGUUUCAACGCUCAUCAAGAGCAGCUCAGAGCUAUGAGAUCAAGUCCAGACUCAGCGAUCACUGAUACCGAGGCAGUAGUCGAACCGUUCAAAAGAGAAAGAUCUCUGAGUACGACCACAACCCUCGUCAGUGUCGCCACCACCAAGGCUGUCACAGGAUGUGACUAUCCGUGUCCAUGCCAGUGUCAUAUCCGAAGCUCAUACGAGACUCCAAACUGGUUGAAAGCAGCUUUUGGUGUUCUCUUUGCGAGCUAUGCAGGGUCUCCAGUUUGGGGAAGGCAGCCAUGCAACUACCGCCCUUGCAUGAGAAGUGGUGCGUCGCAGACUUCAUACACUUGGCACUUUCCAACCUGGAUGAUUGCCAAGGCCGUCGCUUUCUCGUUCUCCAGGUCCAGCUUGACUGGUCUUGGAGGCUCUUGGAGUUUGCACAUACCUAAGUCGUUGGCUGGGGAUAAUCCCGUCUGGCGAUUUUUGAACUAUGGUACUGUGCCUCAGCUCGUGGACGUGAUGAGUAGUGGAGUUGCAUCUCUUUGUGAUAUGAAUGAAGAUGGAAAGUCGCUUCUACAUUUUGCAGUUGAGUUUGAAAGGCCGGAUAUGUGUGAGUAUCUUAUACGCCAGGGAGUCAACUCCUCUUUCCAAGAUGGCGCGGGCAUAACAGCUUCCAUGAUGGCCUAUUCCAAGGUGACUCCGGCGUCUGCUACUACAAAACAAGCUUUAGCUAUCGAGUCUCUCCACCGAAUCUUCCACAGCGAUGAGACAUUUGAGUACUUGAACCUAUCGCCCCUACACCUGUGCAUGGCCAAUUAUCCCUAG